UCACAUCAUAUGGUCCUUCAGUUGAGGAACCCACGUGUCAGUUGGCCUCUAGUUGAAAACAACUGUUGCUGUUUUGUUUUUCAGAUUUCAGUGGAACAUGCGGAAGAGUGUCAGGGAGCAUUCGAAACCCUGCUACAAAAUCCCACCGAUUUCAUACGAAGAGAAGACAUCUCUGACAGUUGAUGUCAGGCUGCAUACAAAUGCAGCUUCGUUCUGCAUUUCUGCCUGAGGUACCAUCGCUAAUGGCUGCGAGGCCGUUCGAGAUCUACAGCUCCAAGUGCACGUAAAUGCAUCACAAUGCCUUCAAAAGUGUCAUGCCUCUAUGUGUUGACGGUCGUUUGCUGGGCCAGCGCUCUGUGGUACCUAAGUAUAUCCCGUCCCACGUCGUCCUAUGUGAGCCAACUGUCCGUCCCGGCGCGUAAAACGGCGAAAGCGCACAAGAGCAACGCCACCACAACCUUCGGCAACAUCCGGACGCGUCCGCUGAACCCUCACGCCUUCGAUUUCAUCAUCAACGAGCCCAAGAAAUGCGAAACCAACGUGCCCUUCCUCGUCAUCCUCAUCACGACCACGCACAAAGAGUUCGACGCCCGCCAAGCCAUCAGGGAAACGUGGGGCGACGAAAGCACCUUCAGCGACCUUCGCAUCAUUACGCUCUUUCUUCUGGGACGCAGCAUGGACGCAGUGCUCAACCAGAUGGUGGAGCAAGAGAGCGAGAUCUUUCACGACAUCGUGGUCGAGGACUUCAUCGACUCGUACCACAAUCUUACUCUCAAAACACUGAUGGGAAUGCGCUGGGUGGCCACUUUCUGCAACCAAGCCAAGUACGUGAUGAAAACGGACAGCGAUAUCUUCGUGAACAUGGACAACUUGGUGUAUAAACUCUUGAAGCCGGCCACCAAACCUCGACGGAGGUACUUCACGGGAUACGUCAUCAACGGCGGACCCAUUCGGGACAUGCGCAGCAAGUGGUACAUGCCCAAAGACCUUUACCCCGAGAGCAAGUACCCGCCGUUUUGCUCCGGCACUGGGUACGUGUUCUCGGCAGACGUUGCGGAGCUCAUCUACAAGACUUCCUUGCACACCAGACUCUUGCAUCUGGAGGACGUUUACGUCGGGGUGUGUUUGAGGAAGCUGGCCAUUCACCCGUAUCAGAACAGUGGCUUCAAUCACUGGAAAAUGGCCUACAGUCUUUGCAGGUACCGUCGAGUCAUUACCGUACACCAGAUCUCCCCUGAGGAGAUGCAUCGUAUCUGGAACGACAUGACCAGCAAGAAGCAUCUCAAGUGUUAGUGGGAGCUGCCUGAGGAUGUGUAUUUGUGCCCUUUUUUAAAUCCCCAUGAUGCACAGAUGCGACACAGAGGCUUUGGACAAACUGUAGUUCUUUCUUAGAAACACUAACAUCCUUCUGGGGCAUGUCAACAAUUUCGAAACACGCAGAGCCCAUCGUUUGAGAACCGGUUGGGGAAUGUGCUAUUCGUGUUAAUAUUAUAACCGUGCCAGCCUGUCUAAAACUAGUGAAGGAGUUUCUUUUGGUUCGGAUGCACAGCGGAAUGUCCUUGAUCGUUGAGUUUUCUUUGCACAUUAUUCUGGUUGUACAAACGAAAGUACCAUUGCUUUGUUUACUGUAUGUGGAAGCACCUGCAUUGUCUGUUUACACGUUCAGAAACAUCUUUUCUUGAAAAAGAUAACGGCGAUGUAUAGCUCCUUAUUUAUAAGUAUAAAAAUUAUUUUCUUACGCCUAGAAGUUGAACAUCAUUGCUUCAGAACAGAUCAUGUUUGUAGUUAUACUGUAAAUCUGUAUAUCUAAAGUCAUUAACGCUUGGUAUCAAGUGUCAUUUAGUGAGUAUUUACUGUACAUGGUCAAACCUGUAGAAAUGCUGCGUAAGGAACGCAGUGUAAAUGUGGAAUAUAAUGAAGGGGAGAAACAUGAAAAAAAAAAAAA